GUUGACGAAAAAUUGUUAAGGAAAUCGUAUAUUGCGAAUAUCGGUGUUUUUGGGACACUCGGUAUAAGCCAUAUAAGCGCUAUAUACGUAUCGUGCAAUGGGGCCGACGUGACUUGUUCAGUGACAAUCAUGGCUGAGAUAAAUCCUUACAAGAAUCUAUUAAAAUCCAUUAAAAUUGGAUUGAAAGAUUGUCAGUAUUAUGAUGUUGGCAGUUUAGGCACAAAAUAUGACAGAUUACCAUUUUCCAUCCGAGUUCUCUUGGAAAGUGCUGUCCGUAAUUGCGACAAUUUUCAAGUAACAAAACUGGAUGUUGAGAAAAUUUUGGAUUGGGAAAAUAAUCAAUCCCUUCAAGAUGGAGUCGAAGUGGCUUUUAAGCCUGCGAGAGUCAUAUUACAGGAUUUUACUGGAGUACCGGCAGUCGUGGAUUUUGCAGCAAUGAGAGAUGCUGUAAAGAAACUUGGUGGCGAUCCUAAUAAAAUUAAUCCAGUCUGUCCAUCAGACCUUGUAAUCGAUCAUUCAAUACAGGCUGAUUUUACUAGAAGCAAUGAUGCCAUAAAAAAGAAUGAAGAACUCGAAUUUGAGAGAAAUAAAGAACGCUUCAUGUUUCUUAAAUGGGGUGCAAAGGCAUUUAAAAAUAUGUUAAUUGUUCCUCCCGGAAGCGGUAUCGUGCAUCAAGUAAAUUUAGAAUACUUGGCAAGAGUGGUAUUUGACUCCAACAAUCUUCUAUAUCCUGACAGUGUAGUUGGUACUGAUUCUCAUACUACCAUGGUCAAUGGUCUGGGUGUACUUGGAUGGGGAGUUGGAGGUAUUGAAGCAGAAGCUGUUAUGCUUGGUCAAGCAAUUUCUAUGUUAAUACCAAAAGUUGUAGGAUAUAAAUUAGAAAGUGUAUUGAAUCAAUAUGCCACGUCUACUGAUCUUGUUUUAACUAUUACAAAGAAUCUUCGACAAGUCGGAGUGGUUGGAAAAUUUGUCGAAUUCUUUGGACCAGGCGUAACGCAGCUAAGUAUCGCGGAUCGUGCUACCAUUUCUAAUAUGUGCCCGGAAUACGGUGCAACCGUAGGCUUUUUCGCAGUGGAUCAACAAAGUUUAGCAUAUCUCAAGCAAACAGGUCGAUCUGAGGAACACAUUGAUAAGAUUGAGAAAUAUCUUAAAAACGUACGCAUGUUAAGGAAUUAUGAUGACCCGAGCCAAGAUCCAAUCUUUUCCGAGGUGGUCACUUUGGAUUUGAGCACUGUAGUUUCAAGUGUCAGCGGACCUAAAAGACCUCAUGAUAGAGUUUCAGUAUCCGACAUGCAAAUAGACUUCAGAAAUUGCCUCGUAAACAAGGUAGGUUUCAAAGGUUAUGGUUUGACUUCUACGAAGGUGGAUUCCGUGGGGAAGUUUAAGUACGAAGGAAAAGAGUACGAAUUGAAACAUGGUUCUGUAGUAAUUGCAGCUAUUACCAGUUGUACGAAUACUAGCAAUCCUAGCGUUAUGCUUGGAGCAGGUCUUCUUGCUAAAAAGGCAGUGGAGGUUGGCUUGAGUGUUGAAUCGUAUAUAAAAACAUCAUUGUCACCUGGUUCUGGAGUUGUUACUUAUUAUCUCCAGGAAAGUGGUGUGAUUCCAUAUCUAACCAAGUUAGGUUUCGACAUUAUUGGUUACGGUUGUAUGACUUGUAUCGGAAACAGCGGCCCGCUUCCUGACGCUAUAGUCGAAACUAUUGAAAAGAAUGAACUCAUUUGCUGUGGAGUUCUGUCAGGCAACAGAAACUUUGAAGGCAGAGUCCAUCCGAAUACCCGGGCAAAUUAUUUAGCAUCUCCGCUCCUAGUAAUAGCCUAUGCCAUUGCUGGCACUGUAGACUUUGACUUCGAGAAACAGCCACUAGGUCGCAAAGCUGAUGGUACUCCAAUAUUUUUACAAGAUAUUUGGCCGACCAGAUCAGAAAUUCAAGCUGUUGAACAGAAGUAUGUCAUCCCAGCCAUGUUCAAAGAAGUCUAUAGUAAAAUCGAACAUGGUAGCGACAAUUGGGCAAGCUUGAUAGCGCCUGACGGCAAACUGUAUCCAUGGGAUAUUAAUUCUACGUACAUUAAAAAUCCACCCUAUUUCGAUAAUUUGCAGAAAGAGUUAUCUCCAAUCAAAUCGAUUACAAAAGCGCGAGUGCUCAUAAAUCUUGGAGAUUCUGUUACAACCGAUCAUAUUAGCCCAGCAGGCAGUAUUGCGCGUAAUUCAGCAGCGGCGAGAUAUCUAGCUAAUCGAGGCUUGACGCCAAAAGAUUUCAAUUCCUACGGGUCACGUAGAGGAAAUGAUGCCGUGAUGGCGCGGGGCACAUUCGCUAACAUUCGUCUCGUGAAUAAAUUUAUUGGUAAAGCGGGACCACGAACGAUCUACAUUCCAACAAAUGAAGAGAUGGACGUAUUUGAUGCGGCCGAGAAGUACGCGAAAGACAAAACACCUUUAAUCGCUCUAGUUGGCAAGGAAUACGGAUCUGGAUCUUCCAGAGAUUGGGCCGCCAAAGGACCGUAUUUACUCGGUAUUCGAGCAGUUAUAGCAGAAUCGUAUGAAAGAAUACACAGGUCUAAUCUUGUGGGUAUGGGCAUUAUUCCACUACAAUAUCUUCCUGGAGAAAAUGCAGAGACCUUGGGAUUAACGGGUUACGAGCAAUACGAUAUUAUGAUCCCCACGAAUUGUCAACCUGGAGAAAUAAUCACUGUGAACAUGGACAACGGGAAGAAAUUCGAAGUGAUUGCACGAUUUGAUACGGAUGUCGAUUUGACUUACUUCAAACACGGUGGUAUUCUUAAUUAUAUGAUUCGAACAAUGCUUUGAUGAGUGAUU